AUGUGCAGGAUUUUGAAUACAAGUACUUCAGGCGGCGGCAAAGGUGACACACGACGAUUCCGUGAAUCGAAAGCAGCAAUAGAAGCUGCUGCACUUGAAGUACCGCACGACGAACGCGAUCAUCGUUCCUCAUCAACGCAUCGCUCAUAUUCUCGAGAUCGUGAUCGGGAUCGUAACGGCUCCAUUUCAUCAAGACGACGCAGUCGUAGUCGUGAUCGUGAACGAGACCGUGAUCGUGAACGUGAUCGUGACCGCGAUCGUGAUCGCGAUCGGGAACGUGAUCGUGAUCGAGAUCGCGACCGCGAUUCCAAACGGUAG